AUGGAAGAUCGAGAGCAGUAUUACAGAGCUGAUCCAAAGAAAGCUUUGGCCAAAUUCUUUGAGCGGGAAGGCUUUGAUAUGGAGUUUCAGUUGACUGAACAAGGCAGCGGACAUACACAUAAGUGGUUGUGUUCUAUUGAGCGGUCGACAAACAAGAGCAGAGCGAAGAACAAAGAAUUGGAAGCCAACGACUUUUAUGAUGAGGAUGACGAUGAGUACCUUGACCGUACGGGACAAAUCGAGAAGCAGAGAGAAAAAAGGAUGAUGUGGGCCAAGAAUCAGACAGGUGGUAAAGUUGAGAAGAAGAGCACAUACGAAUCAUUGUGCAAAGAGCUAGAAGAUACUCGUGCAGAAAUCGCAGACUUGAAGAAGACGUUGGAGGAUUUGAAUACGGCGAAAACAACACAAAGCACAGGUGACUCGUUGGACGACUAUUGCAGGACUUUGAAUCAGGGUGCGGAUUUGAAGUCAAAAACUGAAAUCUCGAUGCUUCGGCAAAAGCUUGUUGGACUCACGCACGAUGCUCAGCGGCUCGAGAAGCUUGUGAAA